UUAUAAUUACUUGCAAUUUUAUUAAUUACAAAAACAAAGCUCGCACUUUGCCGAUAAUAAACCACAGUGGUAAAAGCCGCACCAGCAAGUCCGGCCGUGACUUGCAGUUUGCAGUUAAAAUGAAGAAAACAUUUGUUUUGUUACUGGCCCUGGCCACCUGCGCCGCAGGGUUCUCGCGGGUCCCAUUGUUCCGCAUGAAGACAGUCCGCAAGCACCUGCAUGAAGUAGGCACGGAGCUGCACAUGGUCCGCAUCAAAUAUGCAGCCAGUGGCCCUGCCCCCGAGCCUCUGUCAAACUACCUUGACGCGCAGUACUACGGGCCCAUCUCCAUCGGCAGUCCGCCGCAGACCUUCAAGGUGGUGUUCGACACCGGCUCGUCCAACCUGUGGGUGCCGUCCAAGAAGUGCCACUACACCAACAUCGCUUGCCUGCUGCACAACAAGUACGACAGCAGCAAGUCUGCGUCGUACCGCAAGAACGACACCGACUUCGCCAUCCACUACGGCUCCGGUAGCCUGUCGGGCUUCCUCUCCACCGACGACGUGGCGGUGGGCGGCCUGACGGUGCGCGCGCAGACCUUCGCCGAGGCCAUGUCGGAGCCCGGCCUGGCCUUCGUGGCCGCCAAGUUCGACGGCAUCCUCGGCAUGGCCUUCUCCAGCAUCGCCGUGGACGGCGUGACGCCCGUGUUCGACAACAUGCUGGCGCAGGGCCUGGUGCCGCGGCCCGUGUUCUCCUUCUACCUCAACCGGGACCCGGCGGCGGCGCAGGGCGGCGAGAUCAUCCUGGGCGGCUCGGACCCGGCGCACUUCCGCGGCAACUUCACGCGCGUGCCGCUGACUAAGGACACGUACUGGCAGUUCACCAUGGACGCCGUGCGCGUCCGCGGCGCCGCCUUCUGCGAGGGCGGCUGCCAGGCCAUCGCGGACACGGGCACGUCGCUGAUCGGCGGGCCGGCGGCGGAGGUGGCCCGGCUCAACGCGGCGCUCGGCGCCACGCCCAUCGCCUUCGGCCAGUUCGCCGUGGACUGCUCGCUCGUGCCCGCGCUGCCGCCCGUGCGGUUCAGCAUCGCCGGCCGCGACUUCGAGCUGGAGGGCGCCGACUACGUGCUCAGGGUGUCGCAGUUCGGCAAGACGGUGUGCCUGUCGGGCUUCAUGGGGCUGGACGUGCCGCCGCCCAACGGGCCGCUGUGGAUCCUGGGCGACGUGUUCAUCGGCAAGUACUACACCGAGUUCGACAUGGGCGGCCGCAGCAUCGGCUUCGCCACGGCGGCCUAGGCGCCGCACGGGGGAGGCGCCGCACGGGGGAGGCGACGAUCGACACCUUUAAUUUCCGAACGUGUAAUGUGACAUCUUGCACAAACUUAUGUGUAUAAAGCUCCUGAAGCAUUAACAAAUCGAUUUUGUUUAAAUCGUUGUUCGAUGUAUUCGAUUACUUUGUAGCUUUAAAAGUUUGCAUUGCUCGAUUUAAGGUUUCUUCUUCACUUCAAAUAAUUCAAACAUCGUCUCAUCUGCAUAUUGAUGCCGAAACAACAAGGCGCAUCCCGCAACACCCUCUUUCUUCAAUUCAAUAAUAUUAGGCAAAUAGCUAUACUUUACUCGGGACUUUCCAAAGUCCUAGCUAACAGAUUUAACCAGACCAUGUAAUCUGCGUGGAAUAAUUGAAUAGUAAUGAUUAAAUAAAUUCCAAGUUGUUCGGAACUUACUACUUUUCUUACAAGUCUUAUUUUGUAAACAAUGUUUUCAUACCUUUGUAUCUCAUCUCAAUAGCAAAAAACUACUGUGUUAAAAUACUAUUUAUUAAAACAUACUUUACACUGAACCGCUGUGAUCACAUUAUUUAAAAAAUAAGACUGGUAAAAAUGAACUACACUUGUAUAUGUUUUAUUUUUCUCGAUUGUGAGGAAUCUGUACAAGAUAACCGAAAAUAGUUUCGUACAAUGAUAACUGAAAGCAGGCAUAAAAAAUAUAGAUUUUUAAAUAUUCAGACAUAGCUUUAAUUAAGUUGCACCUUAAAAUGAAAUCAACAAGUGUGUCAGUAGCGACAUUGCUAAAAACAUUCUGACACGUUCUUGUUCCGCCAGCCCGCAGUGCACUUCGGGAGAUGCGCCUCGCACCAGCUAUUGUCAAUGUUUGAGAUUGAACAAUUACAGCAAUAAAACUUAUGAUUUAUGUUGUAAUCUUGGUUUGUUUAUAGAUAGCAAUUUCAAGUAGAUUAUAGUUCUCACGUUACUAUUAAUUCUUAUGUACCAAAGUCACAAAUCUAUCAAAUAGUUUGUGUACUUGUUUCACGAAGGUUGCCGCGCACGCUCACACAUAAACAUUGCUUUCCGGUUACAUUUUUACAGCGAGUAAUGUACUCUGCAUAGCACAGAAAGUCGUCGUGACAUUUUGUAGACAGUACUUUAAAUAAACAGAACUUAUAUCGUUGGUCUUGUUUAAGAAAUGGAUUAAAGCUAGUUGACCGUUCCUUAAUUGCCCAUAUGGACUUGGUUUGUGUCGUAGAUUCUAUACAAUUAGCACGCUAAUGCAAAGGUGUCAACGAAUCAUAAUUGUAGAACAAAUUUUAUCAGAUAGAAUGAAACCACAUGCCAUUGACUUUUAUACGAUUUGAGUUGCAUUACCUAAUAAUUAAACAUAUCUUAUAAUAUUAAUAGUGUCAAGAUUCAUUUCUUCAUUUAAAAAUAAAGAUAUUAAAUUCCAUUUAACAUUUACUUUCUAACGUUACACGUACGCUGACGGCCUUCGUGAGAUGGAUGUAGUAGAACAUAUACACAGUUAUUAUUUUUAUGAAUCCUAUUCAACAAGUACCUAAUACAUGAUUUACAAUACUGAUUAAAAGCUUUUUUUAAAAUUAUUCUUAAAAAUAAAUUCGUUUGAAUUUUGA